UCUCUCUCUCUCUCCCCCCUCUUUCUCCUCUCUUCCCUUCCCCUUCCUUCUCUCUCGUUCUCUCCCUAUAUUAUAUAUAAAAACGGGGUUGUCUUUGUGGGGCUCUUUUUUAGAGUUUUGACGCCCAAUCAAUCAAAUUUGUGAGCUUUGUGGGAUUUAAGGUUUCAUCAUAUGAGAUUGGAUUCCAAUUCUGCAAAGUGGGUAUUAUUAUGCAUCAGUAAUUUCGUUCUCGUCGGUUGGUGCUUGUUGCUAGCGGAGGUCAUAUCCAAGCAAUCGGGAUGGGGAAUGUGAAUGGGAGAGAAGAUGAGGAUGGAAGCCCCUCAGCGGCCGAGGAAGAUAGCGGUGCCGCCGCAGCUUGCAGGAGGGCCCUGCCCACGGCGCCCGUCUUGGAUGGGUCCGCUGAGUUGAUGGGUCAAUCGCCUCCUCAUAGCCCUAGGGCCACUCACUCCCCUUUGAUGUUCACUCCCCAAGUCCCUGUCGUCCCCUUACAAAGACCAGAUGAGAUACAAAUUCCAAACAGCUCGUGGAUGCAAACGUCAGGGUUUGAAGACAUGUGCUGUGAGCAAGGAAUUCCAACUAUGAUUACAUGGAGCUAUGGUGGGAAGGAUGUAGCUGUGGAGGGAUCAUGGGAUAAUUGGAAGACAAGAUUGGCCUUGCAGAGAUCAGGGAAGGACUUCACUAUUAUGAAGGUACUGCCAUCCGGUGUUUACCAAUAUAGGUUUAUUGUUGAUGGGAAGUGGAGAUGUUCUCCUGACUUGCCCUUGACCCAAGAUGAUGCUGGCAAUUCUUACAACCUUUUGGACUUGCAGGAUUACGUCCCAGAAGACAUCGGAAGCAUUUCUGGUUUUGAACCUCCCCAGUCGCCAGACUCAAGUUAUAACAACCUGCAGCUUGGAUCUGAAGAUUUCGCGAAGGAGCCCCCAUUGGUUCCUCCACACCUACAAAUGACACUGCUGAAUGCACCUUCAUCUUACAUGGAGAUGCCGCCUCCUUUGUCGAGACCUCAACAUGUGGUACUCAAUCAUCUGUACAUGCAGAGAGGGAAGAGUGGUCCAUCUGUGGUGGCACUCGGGACAACAGAGAGGUUUAUAGCGAAGUAUGUUACAGUGGUUCUCUACAAGUCUUUGCAGAGAUAAGAAAACACACACACAAAGUGUCUGUCUGGACUCCACGGUUCCCAUUAUGUAGUUAGUUUUAUAUCAAUUUCAAAGUCAAAUGCCAUUUCCAUGGCGUCGGUUUAUGUUCAGGAAGGAUUUGUCAGGUGAAACUUAAAGAUUGUAUUUUCACACCAUUCCAUUGCUUAAUGACCAUUGAUCCAUCCGCUUUUGCA